AUGAGCCCUUCACCCAUAAUUCUUAAUCACAUGUCGGACUCUGACGAUUCGUCGAACGACCAAAAUGAAUACACCAUCACAGACUAUUUCAGGUUGAUAAGGCCCCUUUGGGAAUUCCAGCAGGAAUCCACCUACUUGGAUCACCAGAAACUGCUCCGGACCAUCCUUGACUUUUCUCUUACUCACUCCAUCAGCCUCAGAAACCUUCAGAAACGAGAACUCGAACUUGGAGACAUAGACUUGGCGGACUCAAAUCUAGACACCAUCGUGAUACGGACGAAGAAUAACAGUUCCCUCUCAAAUUUGGAACACCCGUACGUUUUCCAUGGUGCACUCAGGAACAAGUAUGUGGAGUUAUGCCCUCAUUUUGCUUUGAGUGCAUAUCUCUUUAGCAGGUUCCACGUCGCCGAUACCUACGGCUCAUUGGAGUUGCAGUUGCAAGAAAACACCAACCUCAAGUUAGAAGAGAUCAAAUUGCUAAAGGGAAGCCAUAAACUCUCGGGAAUUUCAUACAGCCAGCAACACAAAUCUGCCAUCAGUGCAUUGCAGUUAUCAAAACUCACUUUUAAGGAUAUCAACCUCAACAAGCUCCUUAGUACUCAGGACUUCGAUGACUGUGAAAGGAUGCUUCUGUUGCAGAAAACCCACUUACCCAUGCAAACAAUGGUCAGAGUUGCGGGGUUCGACAGUAUAGAGAAUUAUAAUAUAGUUCGUGACUCUAUUGAACCACCAGAAGAGUUGAUGGAACUAAUUUUCCCAUUUUUGUCAUUUACAAAGGCGGAAUUCACUACCUCACCUGGGUAUGAGCAGUUGAAAAAGGUUUUAAUCAGAUUAAGGAGGAGCAUGUGUCAGGACAUGGUAUUAAUCAAGCGACUCUACCCAAAUAAUUGUCUUUCCAAGCAUCCGAUUUUUAACACCGAUAUAUUCAACAAUUUUGCAAAAGAAAUGGUUUUCACAGGAGUGCUCGACAAGAGUCCUUUAUUUACAUUGCCCAUAGACUACAAACCAGCUGAUUCCUUUUCAAAGCCCCAGUCAUUUUCUUCGGACAGAUCCAGCAACUCCGAGAGCUCCGACCCCGGCCAAUUCCAAAAAUUAAUUAGUGAGCAGAACGACAAGAUCAACAACCUCGAGAAGUUGGUUUGCAACUACAACGACCAGCACAAGUUUAUUUAUUCGCAGCUCUCUGACUACAUUUCCAAGCAGAACGAGGUGUUCCAGUCGCAAAGUGAAUUAUUGCAAAAAAUCCAAAAUACCACAACGGGCUUGUUGGUACUCAUUUCGUCCCGUAACAAGAACAUGAUUCCGUUGGCCCAGCUGAGCUUGCAGGAGACCACCGAGCACUUGAGCACGGUGGGCACCUCCAACUUGAGACAGGGCAUCAACAACACCAUGGAGUUGCUUGGUAAGCUCAACGACUUCAAUCUGCGCCAUGUACAAAUGACCCAGACCCAUGUCCCCCCGCUUCAGCAGCAUCCCCAUAUGGUACCCACACUCCACCAGCCCCCUCCAGGGCCGCCUCCCUCGCAUAGCUACGCCUACAAAGGACACUAUCUUCACAGCGAUCUGCGCCUACAGACCCACACCACCCGCCAGGUGGUGCCCACCAUUGGCCAUCAUUCUGCCUACUCACAGGAGGCCAUGUCACUCAUGACGGCUGACGAACUCAAACGCCAGUCCAUCCUCAACCGCAGACUUUCUCGACAAGCGUCCACGCUCUUCGAGAUGUGGGACGAUUUCAAGAGUCUCGAGAAAGACCUCAAAGACCACGAGAUCACCAUGACCGAGUGGCUCAAGGUGCACGGCAGCUCCGAGCGCCAGUUCAGACACACCCGGCUCAAGAUCAUCAAGUUCAUCGAGGAUGAGGCGGCACGCACCCACGCCAACGUGGAGUACAUCAAGCAAAAGCUUCACGACAAAAUGCGCAACCGCUUGAGGCCGUGGACCUUAGACGAGGUGCAGCGUAUGUUGACUUCCGGCAAACGGAUCCAGUUGGAUGACUAG